CUUCUUCUUUUACUUUUCUUUUUUCUCAUUCUAUUCCAUCUAUUUUUUUUUUCUUUUCUUUUUUUCUCUCUCUCUUCUUUCUUAUCUUAUAUAUCUUUUUUUUUGUUUUUAUUUAAAAACAACAACGCAUUCCUUCUUUUUUUUUGUUUUGUUUUGUUACCCUUUUUCAUUCUUUUUAUUAUCAUUAUUAUUAUUGUUUUUUUUUUUCAUACCCUCCUUUCUUUUUACUAUUUUAACUUAUAUGCAACCUUUAUAGUAUAUCAAUUAUAUAAAAUACCUUUAAUCAUGACUACAGCUCACGACGUUCAUCGCGCCAUGGAAGAAAACUUAUUCAAUACUUUUCAACGACAUGCUUCAAUACACUCACCUGCAACAGCAAGUUUAGCUUCCUUUCGUUCAAUGACAGCAACUGAUCUCAUUGGUUUAUUACCUGGUAGUACUCAUCAACAAAGGACUCGUAUGACUAGAGAUAGACCAACUUCUGAUAUUCUUCAAUCACAACUCUUCAAUAAUACUCCAAAUUCAACUAGUACGCAUAUUACUGAAUCUGAAGCUAUCGAUCAAUGGUUUGAAAAUAUUCAAAAAUAUGAACAAAUGCUAGAAGAAGUUGCCGCUGCUAGUUUAGAUGAAACUUUUAAGGAUGAAUUACAACAUGUCAAUCAAUGGUUUCGUUGUCGUUCAGAUGCUGAACGUACAGCUGCUUUAUAUUCUGUGGUUCAAAAUGCCUCUCAAAUACAAAUACGUUUCCUUAUCAUGGUACUUCAACAAUUGGCUAACCAAGAACCUUUUGGAAAUUCACUUGCUUCUGCUGGCCAGGACAAAGAUUCAGUGAUCGCUCCUGUGGCUGGUUCCGUAGUAUCAACAGAAUCAGAAUAUGAACGAAGAAAACGACAAAUGUAUCCUCCUAAUCGACGUGGUACCAAUAAUAUCAACAAUACUCGAUCUCCUAUUCGUAUUACCUCAGCCUCAAGUGAACCUGAUGAUCUUCGUCGUCAUAGUCGUGAUUUAUUUGGUCCAACUCGUUUAACUGAUCCGCCAUCUAUUAGCAGUUUAGGUCGUCAAGGUUUAUUACAUGAAAAGGCCUUGGCAGCAAGAGCUCAAAUACAAGCAGCACAUAAUGGUCAUGCAGCAGCUUUAGCAUCAGUCAAAUCAAAUUCCCUUGGUGGACGCUUACAACCUCUUUUAUCUACCACUUCAUCUACUCCUACAAAUACUACCUCUUCAGAACCAAGUCCAUCUAUAGAUACUCUUCAACACCAUCCUUCUCUCUUUGGUACUGAUUGGCCUUUCCCAUUAACUCGCCAUACAACAGAACGAUCCAAUCUUGUUGGUCGAAUAGGUGACCAUCGUUCUACUUCAAGCAAAUCCUCCAUAGACGAUGCAUGGUCAUUUGGCUCUUUAUCAAAAAGAAAAAAAGACUUGAUGGAUUUACCUUCUUGGACUGGUAGAAAAAGUGGACCCAUUAGAGAAGAACAAGAAUCAUUGAACGAUCUUCCAACAAGACAAAAUCAUAUCACAUCAUCCAAGCCAUCUCCUCCAACAACAAAUGGUAUGUUGAAUUCAACUCUACAUAAUAGUCUGAACACUUUGGAACAAGCUCAAGCACGCUUACGAGGUGAAACAAUACGUCCCCGACAAUGGUCAAGAUCAACUCUUCAAUCCUCAUCUGACAAUAAACGCACCAUGAAUCUUGGAAUGAACAAUACAACAUCAUCAUCAACAUCAUCUUCUCCUACACCAACUUCAAUCACAUCGGCAGUAGGUAGUAGCAGUAGUAGUAGUAGCAGUAGUAACAGCAACAGUAGCAACCAUAGUAGUCAUACCAGCAAUACAAGUAUCAGUCUUACUCCUCCACCUAUAAUGCAUGUCACCAAUAUGAACGCCGUUCUCAGUACUUCUCCAUCCUCUACCGUUUUACCCAUAUCUUCAAUACCUCCAUCAUCACCCUCAUUAUUACCAGCAAAGAAAUCAACUAUAGCGACAGAAAUUCCAACAACAGCAACAACGACAACAGCAACAAAAAUGACAGUACCUUCGACAGGUAUAGGACACUUUUUGACACCGCCAACUGUCUAUGAAAAUGAAGUAUUACAAACAUCAGUCUCUUCCACUACUGUGACAGGUUAUCAAAGUGAUCAUAGUGAUGUAUCAACAGGUAGUACCAAAGAACAAGUGUUAACUGGUACAGCAAGACGACGUAAACGAUCAUCUGCAGCUAGAGCAUUGAAGGACAAAAUUGCAGCAGAAACAGUUGAUUUAGAAUUAAUGAAAGAUGUACAAAGCUGGCUUCGAAGUUUAAGGCUACACAAGUAUGGACAUGCUUUUAUUGGAUUACAGUGGCAACAAGUGGUUCGAAUGAGUGAUCAAGAUAUGAUUGAUGCUGGUGUCAAUACCAUUGGGGCAAGAAGGAAAUUACUCAAAGUAUUCGAAAAUGUACAACGACAUUGCAAAGAAAACGGUAUUGAAUACUGAACAACAACAACAACAACAAAAA